ACGCGAGUGAAACGGCGAAGUAAUGUCGUAACCUGUAGCUGUAGCUAUUGCUUUUUACCAAGACCUCAGUUGAUGUCUAAUAGUGUAAGGUAGAUGAAGAACAUUUUUAUGUCGUUCUACCCUAGUUGAUUGGAUUAUAUUUGUGCGGGCUUUGAAUUCGUGAUUAUUAAUCGAUUUUGUCGAGAUUUAUUCAGGUUUAAGUGAAAGGAAAACGAUUGAAGAUGAAGAUAAACAUACUAGAGUGGUUAUGGCACAACAAAAUAAUCGUGAUACUGGCAACGACCACAUUUUGCCUCUUCGUGUCAACUAUAGUACUCGCUUCCAAGAAAAAUAACACUCCUAUACAUAGACAGAUUAUUAAAUCGGAUAAUUUAAGGAAUGAUCAAAUAAUGUCCGCAUGGAAUUCUUUAAUAGUUGAAAAUAAUCAUAACAGACUGCCCAGAAACGUCAAACCGUUAAAUUACAAACUAUAUUUGGCCCCAAAUAUAAACAAUAAAACAUUCGAAGGAAAUGUUUCUAUUCUCCUUCAAGUUCAAGAAUCGACGAAAACAAUACUAAUGCACGCUAAGGAUUUGAUAAUACAUAAUGUGAAGUUACUAAACGAUGCAAAUGCGAUUAUUGAGGAUUUUGUCGAACAUACAUACCAUAAUGAAAUGUUACAAAUAAACUUAGAAAAUGAAGUAAAACAAAAGAAGAUAGUUCUAUCCAUUACAUUUACGGGAACUCUGGAUAAGAAAAUUGUUGGAUUCUACGCAAGUUCUCUUAAAACUGGCGGGAGCAUGGUGGCAAGUAAAUUUCAACCAACUUAUGCUCGACAAGCUUUCCCAUGUUUUGAUGAGCCCGACUUCAAAGCAACAUAUGAUAUUACUUUAGUUAAACCAGUCUCCUAUGUAGCUCUUUCUAACAUGAAUGAAAUAUCUAAAACACAAUGUGAAGAUGAAAACACAGAAGCUGUGACAUUUGCAACUAGUGUACCAAUGUCCACAUACUUGGCAUGUUUUGUUGUUUGUGAUUUUGAUUAUAAGGAAACUGAGAUAGAUGCCGAUGGUAUUGGAAACAAUUUUAAAUUGCGCAGUUUUGCUCAAAAAAAUCAAAUGCACAAAAUUGAUUUUGCACAGGAUAUUGGGACAAGAGCUACACAAUUUUAUAUAAAAUAUUAUGAAGUGCCUUUCCCGCUGCCAAAGUUAGAUAUGAUCGCGAUUCCUGAUUAUGUGUCAGGAGCAACUGAACAUUGGGGUUUGAUAACAUAUAGAGAAACAUCUUUUCUCGUGGAUCAGUCAACAGCAUCCUCCAAGAAUAAGAUCAGUGUUGCAAACACAAUAGCUCAUGAGUUAGCACAUAUGUGGUUUGGUAAUUUAGUCACAAUGAAGUGGUGGGAUGAGGUUUGGCUCAAUGAAGGUUUUGCUUCUUACAUGCAAGUAAAAGCUUUAAAUGCUAUUGAACCUUCAUGGACUAUGUUGGAUCAAUUCUUGACAAAAACUUUGCACUCAGUAUUGGUGACCGAUGCUAAACUGUCAAGUCAUCCUAUUUUACAAACUGUGGAGACUCCUGAUCAAAUUACUGCCAUUUUUGAUGCUAUAUCAUAUAAUAAGGGUUCAUCCAUACUUAGGAUGUUAGAAGGUUUUAUAGGCGAGGAGAAUUUCCGACGUGGGAUAUCUGACUAUUUGAAGAAAUAUAAAUACGGCAACACUGUGACACAAGACUUGCUCUCGUCUUUGGAACCCUACUUUAAAAUGGAUAAUCCAAAUUUAAAUCUUUCUUAUAUUAUGGAUACAUGGAUAAAACAAAUGGGUUAUCCAGUGUUAAAUGUAAAAUUCAGCGGAGAACCUAACACUUUUGUUGUGACUCAAACACGAUUUUUACUCGAUCCUGAUGCGAUACAAAACGACGAUUCACAAUUUAAUUACAGAUGGUUUGUACCAAUCACAUACACAACAAACAAGGGAAAAUAUCACAAAGUACUAUGGUUUGCUGACAAAGAUGAUAACGUAAAGCUUCACCUAAAAGAAGGAGAAAAAUGGAUUAAAAUAAAUAACAAUCAAGUGGGUUACUACAGAGUGAACUAUCCAGUCGAUAUGUGGGACAAAUUAAUACAUGAAUUAAAAAAUAAAUCUGAACAGCUGACCAUAUCUGAUCGUGCCCAUCUUCUGAAUGACGUGUUCGCGUUAGCAGAAGCCAGAUUAUUGCCUUACGACUUGGCUUUGAACCUGACUACUUACCUUACAGUGGAAAAGGACUACGUGCCUUGGGAUACCGCGGCCUCUAUAUUUGCACAAUUAUCUUCGCGAUUACUUAACUCUGAAAUUUAUGAUGACUUGCAGAAAUAUGUACAAAAUUUAGUGGAGCCACUUUAUCGUGAGCAGACAUGGACGCAAAGUAAUUUUACUGUUAUAGAAGGACUGUUACGUACAAGGAUAUUAUCGUUGGCGACCAGUUUUCGUCUGCCUGAUGCCGAAGAUAAAGUAAGAGGCUUGUUCUUGAGCAGUUUGAACAGCCAUGGAACAUCUGAUGCUGUUCUCAUAGACCCCGAUCUGAGAGACUUUGUUUACUAUUAUGGUAUGAGAUCUGCAACACAAUCUGAUUGGGAUAAAUUGUUUCAAAUUUAUUUGAAAGAGGAAGACGUUCAAGAGCUUGCCAAAUUGAGGCAUGCGUUAGCAGCCCCGUUGGACGCGGCCAUACUGCAGAGAUAUUUAACCCUAGCUUGGGACGAAUCCAAUGUCCGUAGCCAGGACUAUUUGAACGUUGUUCAGUUCAUAAGUUCCAACCCGAUGGGCACGGCGCUAGUGUGGGACGAGGUGCGCGCGCGCUGGCCACAACUUGUCGAUAGAUUCACUCUCAACAGUCGAUAUUUGGGCAGCCUGGUGCCGGCCAUCACUAGCUCAUUCGAUACUACGCUUAAAUUGCAAGAGAUGGAGGAAUUUUUCAAGAAAUAUCCCGAGGCUGGUGCGGGAGAGUCAGCUAGGAAGAGAGCUCUCGAAACUGUUAGAAAUAAUAUUCGUUGGGCCGCCACACAGAAGCCGGCUGUUGCCACAUGGCUUAAAGCACAUGUCUAAAUGAACCAAUGAAAUAUUUAUAAAUAAUAUUUUUACUUAGGACAAUGUUUAAAUAGGUACAAGGAUUUUUUUAGCUAAAUCGCGCGACCUUGUAGUUGUUGGUUGACCUCAGUUCGAGUACGUCGCAGCUGCAAGUAAUGUAAAAUUGCACCAAUCAUGGGAAGAAAACUAAAAGCUUUGCUGGCGCUAGCGUCGCGUUCGAUGUAAAUUUUAAUUAUUAUUCUAGCGAUUUAAAAAAAUGUAUUCCCUUUUCUACUUUUUUAAAGAUAAUUUAUGAACUGUCUUAAAUAAUACCUUUUUAUCAAUUUUAUGAGUGAAUUUUAACACAUUUAGUUGCUAUAACUACAGUCCAAUAAUUACUUUGCAAUUCGCACAUAAAACAAAUUUUAUUUAUAGCGUAUACAUUUUUAUUAAAAUGCUACGCAAAUCUAAUUACAGUACAAAUUUAAGAACCUCUAUCUAUAGUCGUGACUAAUAUUGAAUAACUUUGAAAUUUACGCAAAUUCAAAUUACAACAUUGUAUUAAUUCUAAAGAACUUUUUGUGUUUCGAUUUUUUGUCCUAAGACGAGUACACACGCACACGCUUUUGACUUUGGUACUCAGAGACGCAAUUCACAAUUGCGCGUGCAGUUUUUUGUGUAGUAAUAGCCAUCUUUGCUAGCGGAUUCUGUGCAUAAAUUCUCGUUGAGGAUAAAAAUUAAUGUGUAUUGUGAUAUUAACUUCACCAUACAUUUAUUUUGGUGUAUUUUUGUAUAUGAAUAAAGACAAGAUUUUAAAUUAUGGUGUCAUUGAACCCGAGAAAAACGAAUCUUCUUAAAACAAUUGAAUUAGAAGAUGCUCGGAAUGUUUGUAAGUCAAGUUCUUAAUUUGUAAAUGUAUAAUAAAUAACGAAUGUAUUUUGUUU